ACAAGUGCCAUUCAACUACUGUGGUUCAUUAGAGGAAGGUGUUGGUUCAUACGUGGAUGUCUUUGUCUGUAGGAUACACCACCGUAUUAGAUAUGAGUGUACAAUCCUCUUGCCUCCUUCUUUAGUUUGCUUUUGUUUUCAGUCAUAUUUGCAUUGCCACAUUUUCCUUCUGUUUCUCCUGACACUUAGAAAAUACAUGGGAAUUUUAAAUUUUAGUUUAUUUCUUUCUGGAAUAAAGAAAUAAUAGUUUAUUUCUUUUUGGAUAUUAAAACAAAAAGAAUGGCACCCAUCACUGUCUAGAAGGCCCUAUUGAUCAGAGUUGUUUACAGGAGGCAAUGCAUCCGGUAUUCCAUUGCAUCUGGUUCACAUGUAAAUAAAUGGAUCUACCGAGCUGCUUAAGGCUUGCAAAAAAGAAACACAUACUAUAAACAUAUUGCUAUGAAUGACUUCUUUUGUGGCCAUCUUCUAUGACUGCAAUCAGGAUCAGCUUGAACCUGGUUGCCAUGGUUUUACUAGGAAAGGAUGAGAGGCCCCCGAGGAUUUGGCCCAGCAUAUAUACCGUAAGCCCAACCCUGUCUUGGGAUAUGCAAAGCAAGCACAGUACUUAAGGGCUUUAGGGGGAUUUGCCGAGGUAUGUCUCAGGUCUCCGGUAUGUACAGUGGGAUGAGUUGAAUUGUUAUGAGAGCCUGAACUCUGGCGUGUAUGUGGCUAAUGCUGUAAUUUUAACAGAAGCUUUUCAGAUGAACAUCUUUUCUUUAAUCUAACAGGGUCAGGAAAGCUUAGAAGUGAUAAUGUCAGCAUUAUUUCAAACUUGUUAAUUUAAAAAAAUGACAGGAGUCUUUCUUUUGUGGGUUUUGAUGUGAGCCUGCCUGUGCAGUUCUGAAGACCCAUCCCUCAGAAAAAACUCCUUUCACUCAUAUGGCAUCAAUAUAACAUAUUGUGGAUGUGAAGAGGCAUGUGCACGUGUUUUCUUCUUUAAAGAUGUUGGUGAGAUGGACUUUAGCCUCAAAACGUUAUCAUGCACAUCGGACAGUAAAAGGGAGGAAGGGUAGAUUUCAGAGAAACAUAAACCAGGGAAAGUCUUAUCCAAGGUAUUCUCCAGUGAGGGGGUUUAGGACAGAGAUGCCUUUUUUUUCUUGAAAGAAAGCUGGUUUUGGCUAUCUGGGAUUGUUUGCUUGCUGUAUCAGCAUGAUGGUAUGAUCUGAUAAGGAGCCAAAUCUUUCAGAAAACAAGAGAGAUCAUUAUAAAAUAUACAGAUUAACAGAAGAAAACAAGACUGCAGAGUUUGUUAGAAGAACAAGAAAAUAUUUGGAAGACCUACUAACUUAAAACCUGCAAAAAGCCCAUUAAAUAAUUUGGGAAGAAAACUCUGUCAAGGAAGCUUGGUGUAAUAAGAGUCUUGCAACACUCAAACUAUUGAAAUUGAACAAAAGAACUACAUCUGACCCAAUAGCGAAGUAUCUGAAGGACAUACCAUUGAAGUUGUGCUGGAGGAUCCUGAGGAAAGCAGGAUAGUUCCUAAAUCAAGAUUGCUGGCGUAUUUGAGCUCUAGUUUCAGCCACCAAAAUUUCUGGCAGGGGCUUCAGACGUCAUGAGAUCAUAAACACAAUUUAUGCUCUCAUCCUAUUUUUGGAAAGAAGCUGUAGUUUCAUAGCUGAAGCUGUUGCACAGAAGCAGCAUGAAGUGUCCUUCCAUGGGAAGAAAAGGAGUCCUUGCAGUUGGGCUCUGCGCUCUGGUAGUCGUUUCUGCUUGCAUUGCUCUUUCUGUGUUGCUGACGGUCAACAAGAAGUCUGCACAACAAGACCCAGGAGUCCAGCCGGAUUUCUAUACAGGUGGCGAUCUGUUGGAUUAUCUGCUCAGUCUAAAGAGAAUAGACAGGAAAGAUGGAUUACUAGUCACUUGGUACCAUGCUGCAAAUAAAAAGAGGGAGAUGGAAGAGGCAUUAAAGAGUGAUGUCAUGGCACUGGAAUCUGAUGUGACCAUUGAAGGCUACAACACACCCAGUGAGACAGGCAAACCCAUCAUGGCCCACCCCCCUGACAUCUACAGUGAUAAUUCUCUUGAAGAAUGGCUGACGGCAGUCCUUAAAUCAUCCGAUAAGGCUAUUAAGCUGGAUUUCAAAAACAUCAAGACAGUUGGCCCAUCUCUGGAUAUCUUAGUAAAAGCCUCCUCUGGGCUAAAUAUUAACCGGCCUGUGUGGCUAAAUGCAGACAUUCUGAAUGGCCCAAAUGUACCCAUUAACAUUGCUGUUAAUGCAACCCGGUUCCUCUCACUCAUCCAGGAGAAGUUCCCAAACUGCACUGUCUCCACAGGUUGGACAACUCUGUAUUUGCCUUUCUUUCCGCACAGCACCUAUACGCAGAAAAUGGUUGAGAAAAUGCAUAGCCUUGUAGGAAAUCUGCCUCAGCGAAUCACAUUCCCUGUAAGAGCUGUCAUGGUAAGGCCAUCCUGGUCUCAUUUGAGCUGGCUUUUGAGUCAGUCCGAAAGAUACAGCCUUACCUUAUGGCAAGGGAAAACCGAUCCAGUUACAGUGGAAGAUCUCUUGUUUAUCCGAAAUAAUAGCCAACCUGAGCAAAUCUAUUAUGACCUUUAUGAUCCUGUUUUGUCUCAAUUCAAAGACAUGGUCUUCACUUCUACAAGAAAUAGUAUUUCUACCAACCAAACCAAGAUGAAUACUAAAUAGGAUAAUCUUCAUGGAAUCAUAGAGUUGGAAGAGACCACAAGGGCCAGCCAGGUCAACUCCAUGUGAUGCAGGAAUACACAGUAUCGGCACUAUCAUCAUCAGCAUCUUGGGAAAGUCAAUGAUUCAUGUACUAUUUCCAGAAUUUCCCAUUUGUUGUGACCAAUGUCAGACUAUAGCACUGAAGAACUUGACAAAAUGAACAUGAAAAUUAGAUUUAUACCUAUUUGGAAUUGAACUUUGAGAAGAUAUUAUUGAAACACCAUCAGAUUUUUAAACUGUUUCUAGAGAUUCAGAUGUGUGCUCUUACCAAGAACGGCUUUGCCCAGCUUUGAAUGAUGCACCCCUUGCCGAAAAUAUACAUAGCUAACCACAUCAGCCUUAGCUAUCUCCUUGUAAGAUUACUACGGGAGGUUAUCUUUGAAGUCUGUUGGAAAAAAGGCCCAAUUGCGAAAUGGGGUGGCCAGAUGGCCUUCUACUGUAUACUUUUUGGAACACCGUUCUGCAUUGAAUCCACUGGUUUCCAAGUAAAAUCCAAACUGAUGACCCAGUAUGUGACUGUCUUAUCUGGAAAGCCAAGUUAAUCUUGUAGGAACUUCCCCUUAGUUUAAGAUCUGCUUCAGAAACUGAUCUGGAUGCUCCACUAGUAAUGUGGGGAAUAAAAAAAUAUUUUGCACAUGGCACAAUUGUGGAAUUCUUCUAGCCCCUUUUAUGUUUAGAACAAUGGUUGUUGUUGGAUUUUGAGCGAUUUUGGCCUUCCCUUCCAAAUGUUUUCAGACUGCAUCUCUCAUUAGCUCUAACCAGAAGAACUACUGGUGAGGGAUGCAAGCCAUUUAGGUUCAAUACUUGGAAGUCCAUAAUUUGUCCACCCUUUUUAAAAAAAAAUUCUAUUGAUUUAUUUUUUUGCAAGUAAAGAAAAUGUAGAAUAAAAUGCAGCAGUCAUUAAAAAACAAAUUCAGUUUUUGAAACAAUUUAAAGUUCUUAAUCUAGCUUGCUGACCAUGUUCUAUAAACUUAACACUGUAACGAC